AUGAGUCAACUACAAAGAGCAAUUGAAGAGCUAUCCCAGCAACUCAUGCAAGCACAACAAGAGCAAUAUCCAGAGCGCCAGGAGCAAUAUUUGAGGGAUAAAGAGGAACGAGAGGCUUCGCAACAUCAAAUGGAGGAAAAACAAGAGAGCUGGCAACAACAAAUGAUGGCUCAGCAGCAAGAGUUUCAAGCAGAGAUUCUCGAAGAGGUUAGACAUGUACAACGAGUAGAGUAUGAUGAAAAUAUACAAGCAAGGUUGGAGUAUUUGACCCACAAUUUGCCAGCACUAAAUCAACAAAUCAAACCAUUUGAGAAAUGCCAAGAAUUUAGAGACUAUCAGCAAGCAAAGUCUCAUCACUAUACAGAGAUAACUCUUCAAAGAUUGGAAGAAGCUAGGCUCUCAGGACUCUUAGAUUCUGUCUGGGAUAGAAGAUGCCCUAGUGAAGAAAUCCAAGAUUAUUCCAAGCUAGGGAAGAGAAAGAAAAAGAAGGAAGAAUCAAGCAGAAGCCACAACCAUUAG